CCCGUCUCCCUCUCCCACACACACUGCUCUGGCCUAAUUUCUUUUCUUCUUAUUGCUAUUGCUAUUUUGGGGUGUUUUUUUUACGGUUUUCAACACACAUUGUUCAAAAAUUUCCCCGCCUCCACCGAGCCCUUCCGGGUCACGGCGGCGGCGUUUUAACAGCCACUUUCCAACCACAGGGAGAAUUAUUAAUUUAGAGGGGGACCUCCCGCGCUCCCUCCGGGACCACCUCGGGAAAAAGUAGGAAAAAGGGAUCGGGGGUCGCUCCCGGGGAGCCGCGGGCGGGGCGGCGCCGCGUUUCCUUCCGGGGCGCCGCCGGCCAUUUUGUGGCGUUAAGCCGCGCGCGCGGGCGGUUCCCUCUCAUUUCCUCGUCGCGGCGGGACGGGGCGGCCGCUCCUGGCGCUUAGCUCCGGCCUCGGGCCGCCCCUCGGACCCUGAGGUUUAUUCUCUUCGGCCGCCGCCGCCCCUCAGGGGCUCCUGCCCACCAUGAGCUACGGCCGCCCGCCGCCCGAUGUGGAGGGCAUGACGUCCCUCAAGGUGGACAACCUGACCUACCGCACCUCCCCGGACACCCUCCGGAGGGUCUUUGAGAAGUACGGCCGCGUGGGCGACGUCUACAUCCCCCGGGACCGCUACACCAAGGAGAGCCGCGGCUUCGCCUUCGUGCGCUUCCACGACAAGCGGGACGCGGAGGACGCGAUGGACGCGAUGGACGGGGCGGUGCUGGACGGCCGGGAGCUCCGCGUGCAGAUGGCCCGCUAUGGCCGCCCGCCCGACUCGCACCACAGCCGCCGCGGGCCGCCGCCCCGCCGCUACAGCAGCAGCGGCUACGGCCGCCGCAGCCGCAGCCCUAGAAGACGCCGUCGCAGCCGAUCUAGAAGCAGGAGCCGCUCUAGGUCCCGCAGUCGGUCCCGCUACAGUCGAUCCAAAUCCCGGUCUCGCACACGCUCUCGGUCUCGCUCCACCAAGUCCAGGUCUGCCAGGAGAUCCAAGUCAAAGUCCUCAUCUGUCUCCAGAUCCCGCUCCAGGUCAAGAUCCCGGUCCAGAUCUAGAAGCCCUCCCCCUGCCUCAAAGAGGGAAUCCAACUCUAGAUCCAGGUCUAAGAGCCCUCCCAAGUCUCCGGAAGAAGAAGGAGCUGUAUCCUCCUAGGAGCAUGAUGCUUCAGCUAAAUGAGAACCCAGAUAAAGGACGCCUUUGGGGGGAAAAGAUCGCUUGAGUCUUCAGCCCAUUGGAGAGACCCUGGCCGAGCAACCAGCUGUUGAAAAGGUUAUUUUGUAACAUUUUGUCUAACUUUUUACUUGUUUAAGUUGCGCCUCAAGUGGCAGAUUUUACAUUUUAUGUGCCAUUUUGUUGCUGUUAUUCAAAUUUCUUGUAAUUUAGUGAAGUGAACGACUACCGAUUUCAAUAUUGGCUUGGAUAUUUGAGGUAAAACUUCAUUUUUGUUUAUAUAGUGCUGACUUCUAUUGGAAAUUAAAAUCGAUGGUAAUUUGCUGCCUCCAGUUUCAUACUGAGGAAUCAUGCAGCCAUUAUAUGCUGAUAGCUAACUGUCAAAAAGUACUCUCAAUUUUAUUUUGAUUCCUGAAGUAAAAGUCCACAAAACUUCAACUUGAAACUUACUGUAAAUGCUUUUUUUUUUAAAAGAAAGGAAUACUUUGACCUAAAAUAACAUCUUCAAAUUCAAAUUGGUAGAAAUCUUUUCAGGUGACAGUUGAUAUUUGCAAGGAUUGUUUUAUCAGACUCAAUUCUAAUCUCUUCUCUUAUGUAUUUUUGUGCACUAGGCGCAGUUGUGUAGCAGUUGAGUAAUGCUGGUUAGCUGUUAAGGUGGCGUGUUGCAGUGCAGAGUGCUUGGCUGUUUCCUGUUGUCUCCUGAUUGCUCCUGUGUAACGAUGCCUUGUCGUGCAGAAACAAAUGGCUGUCCAGUUAAUUAAAAUGCCUGACAACUGCACUUCCAGUCACCCGGGCCUUGCGUAAAAAAAAUGGAGCAUACAGUGAGCACAUCUAGCUGAUGAUAUACACACCUUAUUUUUUCCAGAAUGGUAAAACUUACCAACCUACAUAUAUGAACUUACAUAUGAGAAUUGUAAUGUUAAGCAAAGAAAUGGUUCAUUCCUUUGUAAGUACUGAUUGGUGUAUCUUUUGCUUAAGACAUUCUGUACUAUACCCACUGUCUCUGUAGUUAAUAUUAAACAUUUUUUUCUGUGUUAACUUUUCUCAA